AUGUCGGGCACACCCCCGACCACCCGGAUCGGGCUGGACGCCCGCGCUGCUGAGCUGAAGGAGAAGUUGCUCAGGAGCCGGAGCCAAUCACAAGCGCGCGCAAACUCGGCACACCCGUCACCCAGUGCUACCAAGGCCGGCGUCAGUGUUGGUGUUGCGCCAGCGAGUCCGGCAAACAUAUCCGAGCCCGGAGUCCGCGCAUCGGACCAAACGAAACCGGCCCAGUCAAUGCCGCGCGAGGACCCCCAGCCCUCUGCGUCAACGUCAUCUGGGUCCGAGGCAAGCGAACUGCGGCAAAUGAUUUCCUCCCUUCUGGCUCCCACCCCGGACUCUAAGAAUGACGGUUCCAGUCGCAGCAAUGAGGCCCACAAGGCUGCCGCCGACCAAGAGAGGCCUAAGGAGGGAGAGGGGUCAUCUGGUCUCCGGCCUGCCGCCACCAACGGCCGACGCCCGGGGCUCACUCUUUCUACGACCAGCUCGACACGAAAAGCUAGCCCGCCCAAUCCCAGCCAUGUCUCCCACAAGGCCGCCAAAGAGGCAAAUCUUGAGGAGGGAGAGGUAACGAGCCCAGACGAAGGUACGCUGAAAGGGUCCGAUGCCAAGAGCCCCUUGGCCACGCCUGCUUUGCGCACGGAUGGCUCCCGGCCCGCUGCAGCUAGCGGAGGUCGCCGAGAAUCCGCUCGCGGGAACACUGACCCGGCGCCCGUAAGGAAAGGUCCUCAGGAGGGAGAGGCAACAAGGUCAGGGGGAGCGGCGUUGAGAAGGGGGGCCCCUAAGACUCCGUCGGCCACGCCUGUUUCGCGCAGUAGUAAUGCUCCAUCCACCGCGGCUUCUGACCGUCGCUGGGAAUCCGCUCGCAAGGAGACUGAGCCGACGUCCGGAAGACAACCUGCCCAAGAUCCAACUCGUCGUGACAGCGGGAGCAAGCCACAUACAGCAGCUUCUAAGCCGGCGGUUCAGAGUGCCGAUUCCGCUGAGAAGCUGAAGACGGGUCACCACAGCAAUAGUAUCAGCCAGGUUGUCACCGGGAUGGGCCCACCUCCUCCCGUCGGUUCUGCUCCCGCCCGAACUGCGGAGGACGACAAAGUCUUACCCUCCCCUUCUCAGCGCUCGCCACGCAGGCCCUCCGCCGCCAGUCUCGGCAACAUCAAGCACGAGGACAGUAGCACCCACCACACUUCGGCCGGCAGCAAAAACCUGGACGAACCCAGGCGUCGGUCAGCGCCGAACCACUACCGCGAUGACCCGGCUGCCUUGCCAGCCAAGCGCCCGGAAGUAUUACGUCGUGCGGAUGAAUCGGCUCUGUCUGGCGAGGCCUUCACUCGGCUGCUCAACCAGGUGCCCGACCUCAGGGACUGGCUCGAGAUGACUAACUACGACGAUGUGGAGACUCGGACCAGAAAGCUCGAUCGCUUCCGGAGAGCGAAGGUUCUUGCCGCGGAGAAGCGCAGGAUUGAGGAGGAGGAGAAGAAGCUCAUGGAGGAAGAAGCGCUAGAGAUGGCUUUGACGCCAUCGACUGUCGUCCCGCUUACCGGCGUGGGGAAAGGCACGCCCGUUCCACAGGACACGCCGCACGCUCGUCCUGACAAGAGAGCCCGCGAGGAAAGUCCAUCGGAGUCUCGCCAGGCAAAGGUGCCUCGGAGCGAAGCACCUCCACACAGUUUAUCCGAGGUUGACACCAGAACCCGGCAGCCUUCUCCCCCCGGCAAGGCUGUGCAGCCCCCAAGGUCCCCUGGCCGGGGUUCGCCGCCGUCUCGGCUCCCGCGUCCGCCGUCUCCUAGCCGCCACGAGUAUCGUCGACCCCGAGAGCCCUCUCCCUACCGGCCAUCUCGUCCAGGGCCAAGGCCCGGCGCUGAUAAUUACGGCAGCCACGACGACUAUCCUCCAAGGCCCGAGCGGUCGAGGAGCUACAGGACAUAUCCAGUCCCCAUCGAUUUGGGUCGCAAGGGUGAUACCCGUUAUUUCAUCUUGAAAUCCUUCACUGAGGAGAACGUGCGACAGUGCAUGGACGAUGGCAUCUGGACCACACAAGUUCAAAAUGGAGGACUCUUCACAAAGGCCUACAAGGACUGCAGGAAUGUAAUAUUCUUCUUUUCUGUUAAUAAGAGCAAAGCUUUCCAGGGAUAUGCACGCAUGGCAUCUGCACCAUCUCCGGACAUUCCUACCCCCAGAUGGGUCAAGGCGCUCAACUGGGAUACUAGCCACCCAUUCUACGUGGAGUGGCUCAGCAAAACGUCAGUCGACUUCUUCCGCAUCGGCCACCUCAAGAACGCUUACAACGAGAACCUGUCGGUCCUGGUCGGUAAGGACGGACAGGAAAUCGAGCCACAAUGUGGCGCCGACCUGCUGAGAGAGAUGGAAGCCAUUGCGCUUGGGCGAUCAGAACCGGAGAGAGAGGACGGAUAUCCGUCCCGUCGAGAGAGUGGUGGUGGUGGUCCUUGGAGUGCCGGAGCCGGUUACCAUCCUGAUAGAUGGGGUUAUGGGUCGAGGUACAAAGGGGAUAAGGCCCGUUAG